UUGGGUUGUCUCACAUUGAGAGAAAAGAGCUUAGACUCGAGGAGUGCAACCAACUGCUGCUUCUCCCUGGUGGCCACCUCCCCGUGUGGAAUCACAUGGACAACAUGGGGCCAAGAGCACUGGGAAGGAACAUAGUCCCAGGCUGCCCCCAGAAGGAUUUGCCCUGCCCCUCAGACAAUUCUGAGCUGGUGCAGGAGUGCCUGCAGAAGUUCAUGGUGACAGGUGUACAGCUGCGGCAGAUCCAAGCUAGCCUCCUGGCCUCCAUGGAGCAAGCACUGAGGGGGCAGGCCAGCAACACCUCGACGGUCCGGAUGCUGCCCACCUAUGUGGGGUCCACCCCACAUGGCACUGAGCAAGGAGACUUUCUGGUGCUGGAGCUGGGGGCCACAGGAGCCUCGCUACGUGUGCUGUGGGUGACCCUAGCAGGCACUGCAGGGCCUAGGAUGAAGCCCCAAAGCCAGGAGUUUAUGAUUCCCCAAGAGGUGAUGUUAGGUCCUGGGGAGCAGCUCUUUGAUUUUGCCUCCCGCUGCCUGUCGGAAUUCCUGGAUACGCUCCCCUUGGGUAAACAGGAUCUGCAACUUGGAUUCAACUUUCCCUUCCCUUGUCACCAGACAGGCCUGGACAGGAGCACCCUUAUUUCCUGGACCAAAGGUUUUAAAUGCAGUGGUGUGGAAGGCCAGGAUGUGGUCCAGAUGCUGCGAGAGGCCAUCCAGAGGCAGGGGGCCUAUAGCAUCAAUGUGGUUGCCGUGGUGAAUGACACGGUGGGCACCAUGAUGGGCUGUGAACCAGGGGUUGGGCCGUGUGAGAUCGGUCUCGUUGUAGACACCGGCACCAAUGCCUGUUACAUGGAGGAGGCCCGGCAUGUGGCGGUGCUGGAUGAGGACCGGGGCCGUGUCUGUGUCAGUGUGGAGUGGGGCUCCUUCAGUGAUGACAAGGCUCUGGGGCCAGUGCUGACCAUUUUCGACCAAACCCUGGACCACCAGUCCCUGAAUCCUGGUGCUCAGAGGUUUGAGAAGAUGAUUGGGGGUCUGUACCUGGGCGAGCUGGUGCGCUUGGUGCUAGUUCACCUGGCUGAGCGUGGGGUCCUCUUUGGCGGCUGUACCUCCUCCACCCUGCUGAGCCAGGGCAGCAUCCUCCUGUCCCACGUGGCUGAAAUGGGCAGCUCCUCUGCCGGGGCAGCCCGUGUGCAGGCUGUGCUGCAGGACCUGGGCCUGAGCGUGGGGGCCUCGGAUGCCAGGCUCGUGCAGCAGGUGUGUGUGGCCGUGUGCACUCGGGCUGCCCAGCUCUGUGCUGCUGCCCUGGCUGCUGUCCUCGCUCGCCUCCAGCACAGCCGGGAACAGCAGACGCUUCAGAUUGCUGUGGCCACCGGAGGUGGAGUGUUUGAGCGGCACCCCAGGUUCCUCAGCAUCUUGCAGGACACAUUGAUGCUCCUGGCCCCAGAAUGUGAUGUCUCCUUCAUCCCCUCUGUGGAUGGGGGUGGCCAGGGCGUGGCAAUGGUGACUGCUGUGGCUGCCCGUUUGGCUGCCCACCGGCGCCUGUUGAAGGAGACCCUGGCACCAUUCCGGCUGAGCAGAGAGCAGCUGGCAGCAGUGCAGACACAGAUGCGAGAGGCCAUGGCCAAGGGGCUCCAAGGGGAGGCCUCCUCCCUCCGUAUGCUGCCCACUUAUGUCCGGGCCACACCUGACGGCAGCGAACUAGGGGAUUUCUUGGCUCUGGACCUUGGAGGGACCAACUUUCGGGUCCUCUUGGUGCGCGUGGCUACAGGAGGCGUGCAGAUCACCAACCAGGUCUACUCCAUCCCUGAGUGUGUGGCCCAGGGCUCUGGCCAGGAGCUCUUCGACCACAUCGUGGACUGCAUUGUGGACUUCCAGCAGAAGCAGGGCCUGAGUGGGCAGAGUCUCCCCCUGGGUUUUACCUUCUCCUUCCCUUGCAAGCAGGUUGGCCUGGACCAGGGCAUCCUCCUAAACUGGACGAAGGGCUUUAAAGCAACAGACUGCGAGGGCCAAGAUGUUGUCUAUCUGCUGCGGGAAGCCAUCAGGCGCAGACAGGCAGUGGAGCUGAAUGUGGUUGCCAUUGUCAAUGACACGGUGGGGACCAUGAUGUCCUGUGGCUAUGAGGAUCCCCGCUGCGAGGUCGGCCUCAUUGUUGGAACUGGAACCAAUGCCUGCUACAUGGAGGAGCUCCAGAAUGUGGCAGGUGUGGCCGGGGAUUCUGGCCACAUGUGUAUCAACAUGGAGUGGGGUGCCUUUGGGGAUGAUGGCUCUCUGGACACGCUCAGCACCUGCUUCGAUGCACGUGUGGACGAGGCAUCCAUCAACCCCGGCAAGCAGAGGUUUGAGAAGAUGAUCAGUGGCAUGUACCUGGGGGAGAUUGUCCGCCAUGUUCUCUUGCAUUUGACCAGCCUUGGAGUUCUCUUCCGGGGCCAGCAGACCCAGCAUCUUCAGACCAGGGACAUCUUCAAAACCAAGUUCCUCUCUGAGAUUGAAAGUGACAGCCUGGCCCUGAGGCAGGUCCGAGCCAUCCUGGAGGAUCUGGGGCUGCCCCUGACUACAGACGAUGCCCUGAUGGUCCUGGAGGUGUGCCAGGCUGUGUCCCAGCGGGCUGCCCAGCUCUGUGGGGCAGGUGUGGCUGCCGUGGUGGAGAAGAUUCGUGAGAACCGGGGCCUGGAAGAGCUGACCGUGUCUGUGGGGGUGGAUGGGACCCUCUACAAAUUGCACCCCCACUUCUCCUCUCAGGUGGCAGCCACAGUGCAGGAGCUGGCCCCACGCUGUGUGGUCACCUUCCUGCAGUCGGAGGACGGGUCCGGCAAAGGUGCAGCCCUGGUCACUGCCGUAGCCUGCCGCCUUGCCCAGCAGACCCAUGUCUGAAGACGUCGCCAGGAACCAGCCUUGCUGGACCAGGUUCUAGGCCCAGGUGUUUCCCCCGUCAGAUCCAGUAACCCAGGGCUCCCCGAACAGUCUGCGUGCCCCUUCUGUGGCCACUGGUCUUGACCCCUGGCUUUCCCCAAGAGAAGCAGCACUUGG